ACGGGGUUGUGCCAAGCAAGCUCGAUUAAAUAUUUCCAAAAUUUAAAGCUGCUGGCAGUCGGGGACAUCCUUACACCAAGACCGAACGCUAUACUGCAGGCAGGCAUGAAUGACUUUGCCGUUCUAAGCACGGGCAGGAAGAUGCCUCUCAUUGGACUGGGGACGUGGAAGAGCGAACCUGGGAAGGUGAAGCAGGCAGUCAUCUGGGCGCUGCAGGCAGGCUACCGGCAUAUUGACUGUGCUGCCAUCUAUGGUAAUGAGGCAGAGAUAGGGGAGGCUCUGCAGGAAUCACUUGGGCCAGACAAGGGACUGAGGCGGGAAGAUGUGUUUAUUACCUCCAAGCUGUGGAACACACACCAUCACCCUGAGGACGUGGAGCCAGCUUUACUGAAGACCCUGAAGGAGCUGAGGCUGGAGUACCUCGACCUCUACCUCAUCCACUGGCCCUACGCCUUCCAACGGGGGGAUGUGCCUUUCCCCAAGAAGGAAGACGGUACAUUGCUUUACGACAACAUCGAUUACAAGGUUACGUGGGCGGCGAUGGAGCGCCUGGUGGGGAAAGGGUUGGUGAGAGCCAUCGGGCUCUCCAACUUUAACAGCCGGCAGAUUGAUGACGUCCUCUCUGUGGCCAGCAUCAAGCCCUCGGUGCUACAGGUGGAGAGCCACCCGUACCUCGCUCAGGUGGAGCUGCUGGGCCACUGCCGGGAGCGGGGGUUGGUGAUGACAGCAUACAGCCCCCUGGGCUCCCCGGACCGGGCCUGGAAACACCCCGAUGAGCCUGUGCUGCUGGAAGAGCCAGCCAUCGCCACCCUGGCUCAGAAGUACAAGAAGUCCCCUGCACAAAUUAUCCUCAGGUGGCAGACCCAGCGAGGAGUGGUCACCAUUCCCAAAAGUGUGACAGAGUCACGCAUCAAAGAGAACAUCCAGGUGUUCGACUUUACUCUUGAAGAAGAGGAGAUGAAGAGUGUGACGGCGUUAAAUAGAGGCUGGCGUUACAUUGUGCCAACCAUCACAGUUGAUGGCAAGCCUGUUCCGAGGGAUGCUGGACAUCCUUACUACCCCUUUAGCGACCCAUACUGACCCCUCUGCCACUUGCCUGAAUUGUGCCUUGGGAUCCCCUGCUUACUCCCUUCCCAAUG